AACGUGCAGAUAAAAGGGAACACAUGCGCACUGGGGGUGACACUGGUGAACCGAACGAAAUGUCUCCGGCGAAAUGGAAACAUUCCGUAAGGCGAGAGGAAUUGGUGAGGCGAAAACGGACAUGAUGGACAUCGAGAGUAUUGUAUUGCUUCACAAAAGUUAUGCACGCUACGCGACACAUGGCUAUUGCAAGGAUACCACUAACGGCCAGUUUGAAUUAUAUGCUCGCGUGAAAUAUUUCACAAUGAAACGUUUCACUACAAAAAGCGAUGGAGAGCGAAGUAGAUUUAAAAAAUAUUUUAUUUAAACUAGGUGACUAAUAUUAAAUAGCCCUUAAACCUUGUAGUUUUACAUUAAUGAAAGAAGCCUCAGGUUUUAUACUUUAAAACAUUUAGCACUUUCUCCCUUUGACAGUGAUUUGGAACCUAAUGGAAGAUGGAACUGGUAAUUAUUCUCCUUAAUUAUAGCUCCAAGGCCAAUGUUAAUGAUCUUGUAAAAAGCUUUUACAACCUUUUAAAUAGUUCUGUAUGAUUUCUUCGAAAGCGUAAGCUUAUAUAAAAGGCGCUGUUUUCAUGAUUUUUCAAUCAGCAGUUUGAAAUGUCUAUUAUCGUGUGGAAUACUUUUCUACUACUCGUGGUUUCAUUAGCACCAGCAGCAGCCAUCCAGGAUAGCAAACCAUACCUACAACGACUCAUUGAAGAUGGGUUUAAUACGUCGGAUAUCAAUGUGGUUUACUUCGUUGCCGAUCACGGUGCAGAUAGACAACUUUUCCGUGGAAACUAUCCACGCGUUUUAAUUCCCGCUCUAGAGAAUCAAUCGAAGAUGAUGAGAAGCAAGAAUGCAUACAUAAAAAUUGCUGCACAAUCGUUGGUGGUUAUCGACGCACGCAAAGAACCAGUGGAAGAGAGACUCUGUUUGAUAUACUUACUAAAGGAGCUACAGCGUAUCCACAAUCCUGGAAGUAAUAAAUUUGUGCUGCUGGUUAGUCAAGCAUUCUAUGAGAACUCAGCCUCAACUAGUCUGAAGUACCUGCAGGAGGGGUUAAUCAACUUGGGUGUUGGUUACUCGGUGGUAUUAUCCUACGAUCAGGUCAACUCCAAAGAUCCUGUGCUGAUGACACGGAUCAGCUUCGGACAUAAAAUCACCACCAGUGUGACGAGUUUCGUCAAUUUUCGACACUUGUUUCGGUUAGACAUACGUUCCUUGGACGGUUUACGCAUGUCCGGAGUGUUGUACAACUUUUUCCCCUUUAGCUACAUCGCCCGGAAUGGGCGUUGGACCGGUACAGAUUUUCAGAUGUGGAAUGAGGUGGCGGUACAGCUGCGAUUGCGUCUAAAGCUUAUACACGCCAAACCGGGAACGAUGUAUAUAGGUGGAGCAUAUUCACCGGCCAUGAGGAACAAGUCCGUGGACUUUAUUGCUUCACGGGAUGUGUUCGUUCUUGACGGUGCAGAGAAGCUACUUCUUUCCUCGCGAGACUACUUCAGUCUCGUGGUGCCUAGACCUGUGACGUUGAAUUUGAUUGAUGCGCUGCUUCAACCGUUUAGACGCGAAGUUUGGAUAAUGGUGGGAGUUUUGGUGAGCAUUCGUGUACUGAUCGCUCAUCUACAGGAUAUUGUGAUGUUGCUGGAUAGACAGGGAUUUGUGCGCAAUCGUUUAGACAACACCCUGACGAAUGAAUAUCCAUGGUUUGGAUGGAUAAAGGUAGCAUGGGAUGUGCUGACGUUUCUGCUUAUUGAGGCAUACUUAGCGCAAGUUACUUCGUUUCUGCUCACCCUACGGUACAUUGAAGGGCCGAAAACCUUAGACGAAUUCCUGGCAUCAAACAUUUUAAUUGUGGCACCUUCGGUACAGACUCACUCACUGGUGCAUUUAGAUGCAGCGCAAAAGGCUCUUCUGAUAUCACGCUUUGUAAAGCGCACCCAAGAAGAACUGUCCCGACCGGAUCUGGCGGAUGCAUACGUGGAGCUCCGAAGUCGUGUAAUGUUUCUAUCCUACGGGACGGAACCGAUCGAUCCGGUAACGCGGAAGCGGAACUAUUACAUUUUAAACGAACCACUAGCGGAUGUGCGGUUUCAGUAUAGCUUUGCGAAAAAAACUGCUUUAAUGAUGGUGGCCGAACGCUGUUUCCUUUGGUACGAGGAGAAUGGAAUGAGGAUGCAAAUCGAUAAUUUUUAUGAACAAUGGGCAAAGGUCAUGUAUGUCCGGAAACAGCACGGCAUCAAUGGGACCGUGUUAGGGUUUUCCGAUCUAAAUUCGUUGUGGAUUUGCACGGUCGUAGGUUGGUGCGUAAGCGGAUUGGUGUUUUUUAUUGAACGUGUCCUGAACUCACGGGCGCUUCAUCGGCGAAUUAAGAGCAGGUUUUUACAUUAAAUAAUGUAUACCUUUUAUACAUUUUGUGUGCGUGUUUUGUUUUGAGAUCAUUAGCCAGCACGCCGAGCGCUUAAUUCACCGAAGUGAACAAAUUCCCUAACACACUAGAGUGCCCUAACACACACGA